AAAUCCAACCUUUCAUGAACCAUCACACUCAGAUACACUCAUCUCAACAAAUACGGUGGAUGUUUCUGAUGUGCCUCCUGAUUCGAGUGACCACCAUAUAGAAACUUGGGCUGCGUCAGAUAUUCGUUUGAUCCAAGAUAAAUCCUGUAUGUCUAAUACCGUGAGUGAAGGGAACAUGUCAUCAAGGCAGUUGAGAAAGCGUCCUACUCCAAGCCAACUUGUUGAUGCAUCUGAUGACGAGGCUCACUCUGAUGGCAACAACUCAGCUGAAGCUCAUUCUCAUAGUCCCUCCAAUGGAGAUGAACCAUAUGAAGGCGAUGAAUAUAGGCCACGGAAUUCCUCUCAGAAGAGAAAUACUCCAAGAAAGCCAGAAAGACCGUUGGCUAAGAAACAGAGAGAAGAAAGAAAGAAAGAGGCCAAUAAAGCAUCUGAAAAAAAGUACUGGAGAACUCGCAAGAAAUUCUCUCACUCUACUCGACGUGGCAAAAGAUGUGUGGAUAAGGUUCUGCUUCAAACCCCGGAGGAUGAAAUUGACUAUCGAAAGUUGCCCAUUAAGGAUCUAAUUCUUCUUGCAGAACAUAAGGAGCGUUUAACGGUCAAAAAGGCAAAACCAUCAAAACUUAAUUCAAGCAAUCAGAGCUCUGACAAAUCAACUCAAGGAGAUGCUUCUCAUAAGGAAGGUGAGAGUUUUCCUUCUGAGCAAGGAAACGAAGCCAGCAGUAGUGCUGAACCAGCUCCUCUAUUUUUCAAUUACCAGUCUUUCAUGGAGAAAACACCUCGCACUAGGUGGUCAAAGCAAGACACUGAAUUGUUUUAUAAGGGUAUAAGGCAAUUUGGAACGGAUCUCUCAAUGAUUAAGGAACUCUUCCCCAAAUUGACACGCCAGCAAAUAAAGUUGAAAUUUAAGAAAGAAGAACGUCAAAAUCGGUUAGGGCUUUCUGAAGCUUUGGCCAGCCGUGCAAAAGAUCAUUCUCAUUUUGAAUUGGUGAUUGAGCGUCUCCAAGCUGCUGCCCGAGCAGGGAAAGAGUCAAGUAUAGAUGUUUCGGCAAGCAUGACAGCUGAGGAAGAGGAUGGGGAGUCAUCACCUGAAUCCAAUGAGGAAGCAGAAAAGCCUGCAGAAAAGCUAGAGAAAGAUGAGGAAAUAGGAGAUGAAGAUGGUAAAGGUGAUGCUGAGGUUCAUAAUUCUUUGAAGUCUGAUGAAAGCGAUGAUGACCUUUUCAAUUGCUUGGGUUCUUACAACAGUGAAUUUUAAUUAACUAUUUCAGAUGUUGCUAACCAUAAUUGUUGGUGAACAUUGCUCGAUACACAGAGCGGCUCAUUUUUGUCUGUAACUUGUCAUUUUUCCGAAAAUUAUUUUGAUUUGAUCUGAGGGAAUCUUUCAAUUGUCCAUAUUUAGAGUAUGUGAUUUAACCUUGCCAAUAGAACCGAUACUUCUAUCGA